GGAAACAGUCAGCCCACAUGUGCGCGAGACUUUUAACAGCAGCACACGCGAGUUAGUGAUGAAGUGUGAUGUUUUUGUCAUUGCGGCGUUAGAAUCGGGAUCGUGUUGGUAAGGUUGUCGGUCCGGAUUUAGUUGUAGCUGGUUCUGGUCAGAACCGAACCGUAGGAUGGAGCAUUUAGAGGUAAACCUGACGUCGUUGGAGAUCAUUUGCAGACAUGUGGACAAAAGUCACUCCCAGAUUCACCGGUACUUGCCAAAGCAGAUAUGGAACCAGCAGGACCGACAGUCUAUACUGGAGAUUUUGGCUCAUCUUCUCAUAGAGAAGGAUUACACCCUGCUGGUAGCACGACACGUUCGACCACUGAUCCUAGAUCUGUUGGUGCGAAAUGUAGCUAAGAUCAAAGCUGGAGGCGGGUUCCACCAUGACUUUCAUGAGCGCUUCUGUGUGGCCCUUAGUAAACUCCUCAGCAUCAGUCCUGAUGCUCACGUGUUUGCUGCGAGGUACUUCAGCGGUGCCCCUCCGGUCUUCCAGAGGCUCUUCUUCACAAGUGAGGAAUCUUCAGCAGUCUGCUAUGGUCCUCAGAGGAUGAAGCUCCGUGACCUGAUGGGUGCCACCCUGCGCUUCCUGGAGGCUGACUGCAGCACGUUUGGACCUCUGUGGGACUGGAGUCCCUGUGUCCCGCUGCUGCGCAGCAGUGACGUGGUUGUCCGAGGGUGCACCGCUCAGUGUUUGGCUCUCGUCUCUCAUAUGACUGAUUCCCAGAAAACCAGCUUCCUGAAGAAAGUUCUGACAAGUGAAGAAAUCCUGCAUCUAAAACUGAAGACUUUGGAGGAAACCCAGCUGAUGGGGACGGAGAAGGCGCUGGUUCUAGUGAACCCGGCUGCUGUGGCCUGGCACCAGACCAGCACCCAGAACUAUACCAGGCAUCAGGUGGUCUCCAAGGACCUGUGCCCUAAUGUGGUAGCCGUCUGUGGCGUGGUUCUACCCAAACCCGCUCCCCUGGAGGCAGACCAGCUGAAGCCGUCUGAUCUGGUUCUGGUGGACUCAACCAGCCGUAAUCUGAGAAGACUGGCUUUGGCCGUGGCUUCCCAGAAUGCCGUGCUCCUCGAGGGUCCGAUUGGAUGUGGUAAAACAGCCCUGGUGGAGUUUAUGGCUGCCACCACGGGUCACACAGAAGCUGCAAAGGUUCUGAAGGUCCAACUGGGAGAUCAAACAGACAGCAAGAUGCUGCUGGGGAUGUAUCGCUGUACCGACGUUCCCGGGAAGUUUGAGUGGCAGCCAGGAACCCUCACACAAGCCGUCUCUAAAGGACAUUGGAUCCUCUUAGAGGACAUCGACCAUGCUCCUCUAGAUGUGGUCUCUGUGCUCCUGCCUCUGAUGGAGAAUAAGAAGCUGAUGAUUCCUGGAAGGGAGGACUGCCUUGAUGUUGCUCCUGGGUUUCAGUUCUUUGCAACUAGAAGGAUGUACUACAGUGGGGGAGGUUGGCACAGACCCCUGAACUCCCACGCAGCUCUGCUGGACAAAUACUGGACCAAGCUCCAGAUGAGCAACAUGACCCGGGCGGAGCUGAAGAAGGUGCUAGACCGCAGGUUUCCUGUGCUGACUGUGGUCUCGGACCGUCUGCUGGACAUCUACUGCCAGCUGACGGGGGACAAACACUCUCAGCUGGACACCACCACCCCUCAGAACCUGGACCACAGCUUGCAGGAGGACUCUGAGGACUACAGCUCCCCAUUGGAGGGGAGGGGCCUGUCCCUGAGGGACCUGCUGAAAUGGUGCGAGAGGAUCACCGACAGCUUUGACAGCACGUCGGCGUCUACGGCGCAGCGCGUCUUCCAGGAGGCUCUGGACUGCUUCACCGCCAUGCUCUCCAGCCCUGGAGGUCGACUGCGAAUGGCCGAGGUCAUCGGAAGCAAACUCAACAUCUCCAAAGAGAAGGCCCGGCACUUCCACCAGAUGUACCAGCCCGCUGUCCUGCUGACGGAGCUGCAGGCCUCCGUGGGCCGAGUCGCUCUGACCCGAAAACCAUCCGAGACGGCGCAGCUGAUGGUGGAGAAGCAGACGUUUGCCACCACACGACCCUCUGCUGUCCUGCUGGAGCAGCUGGCUGUGUGUGUGGCUAAAGGAGAACCCGUCCUGCUGGUGGGAGAGACGGGCACGGGGAAGACCUCCACAGUGCAACACCUGGCCACGGUUACAGGAAACCGGCUGCGGGUGGUGAACAUGAACCAGCAGAGUGACACCGCUGACCUCCUGGGAGGGUACAAGCCCGUGGACUGCAGACAGAUCCUGCUGCCUCUGCGGGAGGUCUUCGAGGAUCUGUUCUCCCAGACCUUUUCCAGGAAGCAGAACCUGACCUUCCUGGGUCAUGUUCAGACCUGCUUCAGGGAGAAGCGCUGGCAGGAUCUGCUCGGGCUCAUGAACCACGUGUGCAGGUCGGCUCUGGCCAAAGAGCUGAAGGACAAGUCCAAUGCUGCCACCCUGAGGGAGCAGUGGGAGACUCUGGCUUUAAAACUGACUCAGACUCAGCAGCAGAUGCAAGUUUGUGAGAGGACCAUGCUUUUUGCCUUUGUGGAGGGAACUUUAGCUCAGGCGGUGAGGAAGGGCCACUGGGUCCUGCUGGAUGAGAUCAACCUGGCGGCAGCAGAGACUCUGGAGUGUCUGAGCGGACUUCUGGAGGGCCGGGCUGGAUCUCUGGUUCUGUUGGACCGUGGAGACACGGAACCGCUGGUUCGACACCCAGACUUCCGUCUCUUUGCCUGCAUGAACCCAGCGACUGAUGUGGGGAAGAGAAACCUCCCUCUGGGCCUCAGGAACAGGUUCACAGAGCUGUUUGUUCAGGAGCUGGAGAGCGAGGCGGACCUCAGGAUCCUGGUUUCAGAUUAUCUCAAGUCUCUAAACCCACAGAGGAGCAUCAUCAGUGGAAUCAUCAGUUUCUACCUGGCCGUGAGGAAGGAGGCUGUGUGUCACCUCAUGAACGGGACCGGCCACCGGCCCCACUACAGUCUCCGGACCCUGUGCCGGGCUCUGAAGUACGCCGCCGCCGACCCGUGUUGCAGCGUGCAACGCUCGCUCUACGAGGGUUUCUGCUUGAGCUUCCUGACCCAGCUGGACCGGAGCUCCCACCCUCUGGUCCAGAACCUGGUCUGCCAGCACAUCCUGAGGGGGAACACCAAGUGUCUCAGACAGCCCAUCCCAGCCCCCCCAGGUCGACUCUGCAUCCAGAUGGAGGGUUACUGGGUCCCACAGGGGGAGAUGGAGCCACACCCAGACCCCAGCUACAUCCUCACCCCCUCGGUGAAGCUUAACCUGCACGACCUCGCCCGAGUGGUUUCUGCAGGGACUCACCCGGUGCUGAUCCAGGGGGAGACGUCCGUAGGGAAGACCAGUCUGAUCCGCUGGCUGGCUGCAGCCACGGGGAACAGGUGUGUGAGGAUCAACAACCACGAGCACACCGACAUCCAGGAGUACAUCGGCUGCUACUCGUCCGACGAGCGGGGCAAGCUGGUGUUCAACGAAGGAGUUUUGAUUGACGCCAUGAAGAAAGGCUACUGGAUCAUCCUGGAUGAGCUGAACCUCGCUCCCACCGACGUCCUGGAGGCUCUGAACCGGCUGCUGGACGAUAACAGGGAGCUGUUUGUAGCCGAGACCCAGGAGGUCAUCAAGGCUCAUCCGCGCUUCAUGCUGUUUGCCACCCAGAACCCCCCCGGGCUGUAUGGUGGCAGAAAGGUUCUCUCCAGGGCCUUCAGAAACCGCUUUGUGGAGCUCCACUUUGAUGAACUUCCCAGUGGAGAGCUGGAGACCAUCCUUCACCAGAGGUGCAGCUUACCUCCAUCCUACUGCACCAAGCUGGUUAGAGUCAUGCUGGAUCUCCAGUCGCUACGGAGAGGCUCUUCUGUGUUUGCGGGUAAACACGGCUUCAUCACGCUGAGAGACCUGUUCCGCUGGGCGGAGCGCUACCGGCUGGAGGAGCAGACGCAGGCCUCUCAGGACUGGCUGCAGCACCUGGCUGAUGAUGGGUUCAUGCUGCUGGCUGCUCGCGUGAGGAAGCCGGAGGAGGAGGACACCAUCCGGGCCGUCCUGCAGAAACACUUCAAACGUGCCGUGGACCCCGAGAGUCUGUUCUCUCUGAAACGUGUCAGCUCCCAGUUCAGCUCUCGUAUCGACUCGGUGGCCGACGUUCCAGAGGAGUUCCGUCAUGUGGUCUGGACCGGCGCCAUGAGGAGGCUGGCUGUGCUGGUGGGUCGGGCUCUGCGGUUCGGAGAGUCAGUCCUGCUGGUUGGAGACACCGGAUGUGGGAAAACCACCAUAUGCCAGCUGUUUGCUGCACUAGCUGGGAGGAAGUUCUUCUCUGUGAACUGUCACCUGAACAUGGAGACGUCUGACUUCCUGGGAGGCCUACGACCCGUCAGACACGCUCAGCAGAUGGAGGAAGAGGAUGUCAGGCUGUUUGAGUGGCAUGAUGGGCCGCUGGUGCUGGCCAUGAAAGAGGGAGGAGUCUUCCUCAUGGACGAGAUCUCCCUGGCAGACGACUCGGUACUGGAGAGGCUCAACAGUGUUCUGGAGACGGAGAAGUCCCUGGUUUUGGCUGAGAAGGGCAGCGGAGACGACGACGACGUGGAGCUGAUCCGAGCAGCUGCGGGCUUCCAUCUUGUUGCCACCAUGAACCCCGGAGGAGACUUUGGAAAGAAGGAGCUCUCUCCAGCCCUCAGGAACCGGUUCACAGAGGUGUGGUGUUCUCAGAGCAACCGUCGAGGUGACCUGCUUCAGAUCGUCCAACACAACCUUGGGUCGGGCCUGUCACUGGGGGGUGGAGACGUUGCCACGGUGAUGCUGGACUUCACUCAGUGGCUGAUGCAGCAGGACUUCGGCCGGCGCUGCAUCCUGAGUGUUAGAGACAUCCUGUCCUGGGUUCACUUCCUCAACGCCGUGUGCAGACCAGCUGCUGGGGCUCUGGGAGCGGCGCCAGAGUGGGACCUCCGACUGGACCCGGUCACGGCGUUUAUCCACGCCGCGUGUUUGGUCUACAUAGAUGGCAUUGGCUCAGGAACCACAGCAUCCUGUAGUGACGACGCUGCCUCGGCUCGCCAGAUGUGUCUGGACUUCCUCCAGCAGAGGCUGAGGAAGGUGACCGAGCUGGACCAGAGUAUGAUGGACGCCCUGAAGGUCUACGAUAGCAGCCUGCCCAGACAACCCCGGUGGGGGCGGGGCUUCUUUGGGAUUGAUCCCUUCUACCUCGCCCUAGGGCCUGAGCAGCAGAGCCGCGGCCCGACCGACUACGCGCUGACGGCAGGCACCACGCUGGUCAACGUCCAGAGGCUCCUGCGGGCUCUGAAGCUCCAGAGACCGGUGCUGCUGGAGGGCUCUCCAGGCGUGGGAAAGACGAGCCUCGUGGCCGCGCUGGCUAAAGCGUCUGGAAACCACCUGGUCAGAAUCAACCUUUCGGAUCAAACGGAUGUGAGCGACCUGUUUGGGACGGACCUCCCGGUGGAAGGAGGGAAGGGAGGACAGUUCGCGUGGAGGGACGGUCCCCUGCUGGCUGCUCUAAAGGCUGGACACUGGGUGGUUCUGGAUGAGCUGAACCUGGCCUCUCAGUCCGUGUUGGAGGGUCUGAACGCCUGCUUCGACCACCGAGCAGAGAUCUACAUUCCUGAACUGGGAAUGAGCUUCCAGGUUCAGCACGAGAAAACCAAGAUCUUCGGCUGUCAGAACCCAUUCGGUCAGGGCGGCGGGCGGAAAGGACUUCCCAAGUCCUUCCUGAACCGAUUCACUCAGGUGUUUGUGGACCAGCUCAGCAGCAAAGACAUGGAGCACAUAGUAGACGAGGUUUUCCCCCGCAUCGAUAAGAAAAUCAUCUCUAAGAUGGUGGAGUUCAGUACCAGGCUUGUUCAGGAGGUGUGUGUGGAGAGGAGGUGGGGACACAAAGGAGGCCCGUGGGAAUUCAACCUGAGGGAUUUGUUCCGCUGGUGUCAGCUGAUGCAGAGCGACCAAUCAGAAGGAGGCUUCGAUCCAGGCCAGCACGUUUCUCUGGUGUAUGCCGACAGAAUGAGGAGUGUGGCCGACAAGGCCAAGGUGCUGCUGGUGUUCAGGGAGGUGUUUGGGCAGCGCUACGAGCCCUACUGUGGCUCCAGACACUUCCAGAUCACGCCCAUCAGUGUCCAGGUGGGCUUCUCUGUGCUGCGUCGGGAUGCAGGGGCCCCUGUGUCUCCGGACCCUCAGCUCUCCGUAACACACCAGUGUUUGUCUCCUCUGGAGUCGCUGAUGAAGUGUGUGCAGAUGGGCUGGAUGACCAUCCUGGUCGGGCCCACGGCGAGCGGAAAAACCAGCCUGGUGAGACUGCUGUCCCUGCUGACGGGACACCGGCUCAGGGUGAUGGGCAUGAACAGCUCCAUGGACACCACGGAGCUCCUCGGAGGCUUUGAGCAGCUGGACAUCAUGCGUCCAUGGCAGCAGGUGCUGGAGAGCACGGACCACGUUGUUGCCAUGGUGAUGAGACAGGGACUGAUGUCCCUGGAUAUCCAGGACACGGAGUUCCUGCUGCACACCUGGGGAGUGUUUUCCCACUGGUUGAAGGAGAGGACGCUACAGAGGGGCGGAGUAACGGUGACAUCAGAGGCGUUGGACAGGCUGCAGGUUGUCCUCCUGCUGCUGCAGAAGCUCAACACCAAGCUCCGAGUGUUCACCGACCUGUCCAAGCUGCAGACCGACUUCCUGCUGCUGAAGAAGCGUGUGUCCCAGCUGGAGGACAGCGCCACCAACGGGAGCUUCGAGUGGCUGGACGGUAUGCUGGUUCAGGCCCUGCAGGCUGGACACUGGCUGCUGAUGGACAACGUCAACUUCUGCAGCACUUCGGUUCUGGAUCGGCUCAACGCUCUGCUGGAGCCUAAUGGAUCCCUCACCAUCGGAGAACGUGGUGUGAUAGAUGGGAAGGUCCCUCAAAUCAUCCCGCACCCUAACUUCAGGCUGUUCCUGACCAUGGACCCGGUCCACGGGGAGCUCUCCAGAGCCAUGAGGAACCGGGGGGUUGAAGUCUAUAUUCCAGGGGAACAAGAGGGGGUCUGCUGGGACCUGCUGGACCUGAAGACCCUCCUACACACGGCUGGGGUGACCGGGGACUGCGUGUGCAACCUCCUCAUUCAAAUUCAUAACGACAUCAAAUCUGCCAUCUGGGACUCCCCCGCCUCCUCCGUGGCGUCCCUCCUCCACGCUGCCACCCUGACGUCCUGCCAACUACAGAGAGGUGCAGAUUUACGCAGCGCCCUGCGGCACGCCUGUGACGAGGCUUACUCCACCUGCCAGCGCACCGCCGCUGCUCAGAAGCAAGCCCAGCAGCUGGUUGAGCAGCACUUGUCCAUCCUGGACAACAAGGACGGGUACGGUGGACUGCUGUGUGCAGGGGUUUGGCCCGAUGGUGUCCCAUCAGCCCUUCUCUCUGUAGAAGAUUCCUGCUUGUCGUCCGUCCUCAGAGAUGGACAGGUCCUCUCCUUCUGCCUCAACUCCCUCAGCCUGCAGGGCAAAAGGAGUCGUCCGCUGAGGCUGGAGGACCUGCAGCGAGCCUUGCAGGGCCGUGCUGUCCACGAGGACCUGGUGUUUUGUGGUGGCGGGGUGGACGUGGAGGGUAGGGAUGCUCUGAGUCUGAUCCCCACAGCUGUGAGACUGGUGACGGAGAAAGCCUCUCACGGAGACUGGGUCCUUCGCAGCAGCUGGCUCUCACACCUGGGGAAGAGCUACAGAUCUGCACCUGAUGCAGCUCUGGUCCAACUGGAGGCAGGAAAUAGCGCCCUAAAGGCCAUAUUUAGCAGCAAGCUAGCUGCAAAGGCUAAAUCACUGAUGGGGUGUCUCCAGUCUGACGGCGCAGAUGAGUUCAGGACUCUCCUGGACAUGCGCUGGAAUCAACAGUACCUGGAGAUCUUAGCCAACAAGUGCAGCUUUAAGAAUGACGAGGGAUACUCGGAGUUUGUGGAGGUGAUGAAUGCAGUAGCCAACAGAAUCACCUUGAUGAUCAACAGAAAGGAGAGGGCAGUCAUCUGCUCUGGUUCCAUCAGCAUGGUCCCCCAGAACUCUGCUCUGAGCGUAGCCACAGCCUUCAGCAGAGGAACCACAGAUAUGAGUCACCUGCCCCACCCAGUCCUGAUGCACCUGCGGACCUUCUUUGACCUGUGGGAGGAAUUUGUUCUCCAGGCAGUUCAGACCGAAGAACGCCGGAUUCCAGAUCCCAUCUUGUUUGAGAUCCUGGAGCUGCUGCAGUGGUGUGAUCGUCUGUGGGACGUGAGCAGCGUGCUGCCGGCUGAUUCCCACAGUGUUCCUGUUCUCUCUCUGCACUGGCAGUGGGUGCAAAAACACCUCCUCCUCCACCUCCCUCAGCUGCUUCUGGAGAACCCCGCCCACUUUCAAGGUCACCAGGAGCUGCAGGCGGUCUCAGCAGCGGUUCAGGGUGUUCUGUGUAGCCCGCCAUCUCUGGCCUCUGCUCUCAAAGGGAUCCAGAAGCGUCUGGGCAAAGUUCUGCCCUUUAAGCUGGAGUCGGUGGCUGGGUGCGCCGCUCGCCUCAGACUCUUGAGUCAGGCACUUGAUGUGAACCAUGUGGUGAUGGACGGGUCAUCGGGUCGUCGGAGGCUAGAGCUGAUUGGACUUCAGGCGGCUGGGCUCGGCUCUGACAUCAAACAGAACCUUCUUAAAGGAUGGAGUCUGGUCCGGGUAGCCAACAACCAGCUGGACCCACAGCUCACCGGGGUGCUGCAGGAGCUUCUGUCCGCCGUGGAGACGCAGCAGUCUCUCCUGACCUCCAAAGGACUGCUGGAGGUCUGCUCCAGACCCGAGGAGGAGGACGAAGCAGCGGGUGGCAUCCCGGUGAUCCGAGGGGAGCUGCUCCAGCUCUGGCCCCUGAUGGAGGAACUUGCUGUCCUCAACCAGCUGAGACUGACUUCAGACCUGCUUCUCCAGGCCCUUUCUCCUGGGGACCAGGAGGCUGAGGCUUUCCUACACCAGCAGCUCUCCAGACAUCUCAGCUUCUGCCUGCAGAACACUCCAGUGAACGCUGAGCUCCUCAGGUCCCUGUUCUUCCUGCAGGGAAGUGAGCAGCUGUCUGAGGACACCACUUCAGUCUGGUGUGAGCUGCUGGCGGAGACCCUGACUGCCCUGUGGACCUGUAGUGUCUCUUCAGAUCCUGACCGCUGGCUCAGAUGGGACCCUUCGGGUCCAGAACCUCGUCCUGGUCCAAAGCUGUCCUCUGGGUUGAAUAACAUGGGUCCAGCCAUGUUGACUAAAGCGGUGUGGUCCCAUUGCAUGCUGGGUGUUCUAAGCAGCGGCGGGGCUGGUGGACGGGGUCCUGAGGAAGAAUCCGUCUUCUCUUUGAGCCACGUUGGGCUCGGGGCGUGGAAAGAGAGAGUCCUGCAGCUGCAGGAUGUCUCUGCUGUGUUGUGGGACAACAUGGCCGCCCCUGCUCUGGUUGAGUUCAGGGCCACAGACCUGAGGCUUCAGGGAAUGGUCCUGCUUUUGCAGCUCCAGAGUAUGACCAACCUGCUACCGUCCAACCUGGAGGAGAGCUACCUGAAGAGCUGCAGGAGCCUGGUGGACGAUGCUAAUCCUCAGAUUGCUGCAGAGGAGAUCCAGACUGUCCUCAGAGACGCUUUACCUCCAGGCCUACUCCCGGAAGACCUGCUGGGGUUGCUUCUCACCUGUCUGCAUCAAUACAUCCAAGGCAGAGUCCAAGGUUCUGACCCGCUGGUGUGUUCCGGAGUGUUCUGGGUCAAUAUGGGCAUCAUGCAGAUCAAACUGUGGACACCACAGACCAUCUUUGACCCAACCGUGAAGAGAGCCUACAAACUCGACUACGCUAAGCAGGAGCUGGCUCUGCUGAAGGAGGAGUGGAAAGCCCGUAACAUGUCUUCUCUGUUGCUGACUGGGUUGGAGCUGAAGAUGGCAGAUUCUUUCCAGCAUCCUCGAAUCAGGUACCUGUGGAGCCGUAUGCAACAGCUGACGGAGCAGAUACAGGAGCUCUCCAGGAAGCAGGCCUUCCGGCCUCGUGAGUCCCAGUAUGGACGGCUCUUUCAGGACCUGCAGCAUUAUCUUGGCAGCAUUGGACAGGUGUCCACCAUCAAGGAGCUGCUGUCCCACAUGCUGAAGGUCCUGCAGGACUCCUCCUCUGCCAGGUCCAAGGCAGCAGUCCGGGCCCUCCUGAAGGAGGAGGCCGUGUGGCAGAACUCCCAGCAGCGCUUCUGUCAGAAGCUUUUGGAGGACUACCCACUGUACCCAGAUGUUGUCAGCCCAAUCAGAACCGGUAUCCUCCAGCUGCAGCAUGGCAUGAAGCUGGUGUCCUCCCAGGUGGUGGCCUCUCUGACCCCAGUCCCAGGUCUGUCCCAGCUAGCGUCCUGCCUGCUGGCCUUCCCCUCUGUGUCCCCCAGCCUCCCGUCCUACCUCGCCCGGGCUGACUUUCUGUGCUCAAGGACGUGUAUGGAUAUUCUGAGUCUGGUGGAGCUUCUACCAAAACAGGACUCUGGUCGUGUGAUCCCCCAGACCUCCACUUUGCUAGUGAACGCUCUGCUGUAUGUGCAGAGCAACAGCCUGUCCACUGGUGUGUUAAGUCCAGAAGCGUGCAGUCUCUUCAGACACAUCUGUCAGGCUCUGGUGAAUGAGUGGGAUGAACAGGAGAGACGGGAGCGGGAGCGGGAGCUGGUGGAGGCUUCUCUGUAUCGCAGCAGACUUCAUGGUUCAGGUCUGACCGAGGAUGAGCAGGAGGAGAAGGACUUCAGGCUCCACUUCCCUCAUUUCAACAAGGACUUUGCAGAUUUACAGACCCAGAUGAGUUUGGAAGGUCCAGCAGACACUGAGCAGAACCUUAAUGAAGACAGCCCUCACGGGGCGGCUGAGGUGGGCUGUUUGUCCUGGUCUGCUAUGAACACCGUGGUCCAGGUCCAUCAGCUCAUGUGCCUGGGCUAUGCCCGGUCCCUGUGGUACCAGAACACAGCACCAGCAAAUCAAAGUAAAGGACACAUCCAAGCCCUGCUCUUGUCCUAUCAAAUCGCUUGCCCGAUGAUGUCAUCCAUCUAUCGUCUGAUUGAUUCUGAUGUGGACCAGCAGCUGACAGGCAGCGGCCUGUUGCUCUCUGCCAUCCUCCAGAACACCGUGCAGAGCUCCAGCGAGUGCGAUGAGCUGGCCAUCAGCUCAGAUGGACCUUAUGACUUCUACCAUCAGCCCAACAUGAGCCAGGCCCGGCUCUGUGUCCCGGUUCUGGAGCAGCUGAGUGUGGCUGUGGGGCACAGACUGGAGGAGUGGCCUGAACACCCCGCUCUCGUCCAACUGACCCAGGUGGUUGAGCGGAUCCUGGCCUUCAGCCUGACCAGCCCACUGGCGAAGUUCUUGAACGGUCUGGAGAUCCUGCUCAGUAAAGCUCAGGACUGGGAGAAUAACGCCAGCCGCUCCGUCUCCCUGCGGAGAGAACUGGAACCAGUCACACAGCUCAUCAUCCAGUGGCGCCAGCUGGAGCUCAGCUGCUGGUCCAACAGUCUGGACAACACCAUGAAGAGGCACAUGCAGAAGUCCAUCAAACACUGGUUCUCCAUCUACCAGCUGCUGGAGAAGUACCUGGAGGGAGAGAGGGCGGAGCCUAAUCCAGACGGGGGCGUGGAGCGGCUCUCCCUGUCCUCGGUGUCUUCCACUCUCCAAGCUUUUAUGGAGGGUUCCACCGUGGGGGAGUUUGACACCCGCCUCAGGAUGCUGCUGAGCUUCCACUGCCACCUGCUGCUGGUCCCCAGCCAGCCUGGACGAGAUGUGUCAGCUGUAAACCACUUCCUGUUGGGUGAUGUCCCCGUCCCUGUCCCUACAGAGUCUCUGUCUAGUGUCCUCUGGAACCUUCACAAGUACUACAGCCAGUUCUCCAACAGCAUUCAGGCCAGAGUCACUCAGCUCAGGGAGCCGAUCGAGAAGGAGCUGAAGGACUUUGUCAAGAUCUCCAAGUGGAACGAUGUCAGUUUCUGGUCCAUCAAGCAGUCUGUGGAGAAGACCCAUCGGACGCUCUUCAAGUUUGUGAAGAAGUUUGACGAAGCUCUGAGUUGUCCGAGCCUCCCCUCCCUGGUGGAACCAGGAGGCGGUGUAGAUGUGGACGUAAACCCGGAGUACAGUCCUGUCCAGCGGAUCCACCGGGCUCUGAAGAACAUCCUGUCUGGAGGAGAACGGGCCCUUCAGACGGAGCCUCCAGCAGAAGGAGUCCACGCCUCUCCUCUACAAGCACGUCUGCCCGCUCUGGCCCGAAGAAUGAAGAAGAUUUGUGUCCAGAUGCUGAAGAAGGACCUGCUACCUGAGCUGACUGAAGAUCUGGACUACUUCACAGGGAAGGUCGUCAGCAGCCUACAGGAUCUGCAGAGCCUCAGCGUGGACCGGACCGCAGACAAGGACAAGCAGAAGAGCGAGGUCAAGCACAUCCAGCAGCAGAAGAAGAGAGCUCUGUCGGACCUGUUCAAGAUGCUGUCCAACACGGGGUUGUCCUACCGUAAAGGUCUGAUGUGGAGCAGAACCACCGACCCAGAGAGCCCCCUCCUGGUCCAGCCUCUGGAGCUGAGUGCUGCUCUUUGUGCUGUGAAGAACCAGCACCAGGAUGAGAGCAGUUUGUUUACAGAGGUGAGGACGGCGUGGGACGGAUGUCAGAAGUACUUCUACCGCUCGUGGGCCCGAAGAACCGCGCUGCAGACGGCUCUGCAGCAUUCAGCUAAGGAGGUGGGUGUGGGGACCAUCGAUCGCUGCAGGGGCUUCACCUCUCACCUGUUCAAGCUGCUCCUCAAACAGAGGACGUGUCUGGCCCGGCUCACUGAUCAGUGGGUCUCCCUCAGGUCACUGACCGAUGACAUCCAGCAGAUAAGAGUCCAGCUCCAGACUCAGAGUGAGGAUGCAGGGUGCACCCUCCCCCCCCAAGACUCUCUCCAGGACUGGGUCAGAACAGGACAGGGCCUGGCUGCCCAGUGUGCCACCCUCCUGCAGCAGCUGGUGUGGCUGCUGCUGUGCUGUCCCGCCAGUCCCCAGCUGAGGGCAGAAGUAUGCCCUUCCACCCUGAGGCACCCGUCCCCCCUGGCGCCUCGGUGCCAGCCCCCCGGCUGCCUGCUGAGGAGAGGAGACGCUGCUUGGUGCCAGCUCCACCAGCUCGUUGCUGCCAUGCUGAAGCACUGCCAGAGUCUGCAGGAGGAGCUGGCUUCUGUGAUCCAACAGGCGUCGGGGGGAGUUCUGCUCGCAUGGAGCAGCUUUUCUGUCUGCUCUUCAGCCAUGGAGCAGCUAGCAGACGUUGCAGGCCAGAUGAGCAGCAUAGAGCAGCUCUUCACCACGGCCUCCAGUGUGGGCGGCACCAACUACCAGCCAGCCGUGACGCAAAGCCUUCGAUAUGUCCGAGGACAGGUGGAGGCUGGCGUCACGGAGUUCACCGCCUGGAAGACCCAGCUGCUGUUCCUGGACCAGCCACCCUCAGAUCAGCAGUCCUCCUUCUGCCGCCGCUUCUCCGCUGAGCUGGAGACAAACAUCAACAAGGUGCUGUGUGCCGUCCAGAAGCUGGUGAAGAGGAGGGAGAGAGAGCUGCCAACUGAGCAACACGGAGACCCAGAGCUGAUCCAGGAGGGUGAGGAGGAGGGGGGGGAGGAGUCAGUGGUGGACCUGCUGAAGCCUGGACACCUAACUCAACUCCUGGAGGAGGAUCUGGAAGCGGAUAUGAAGAGUCUGUCUGUGGGUGAUGUCACCGCUGGGCUGGGAGGGCUAUUGAGCCUACUGAGGAGCUACAGAGACUCCAGUCAGCCUCCUCAGCUUCAGGAGGUGAACCAGGCCUGCAGGAUGCUGGUGCGUCUGCAUCCCCUGCUGGGCGUGUACUCUGACCUGGUGCUCUACUUCCUGACCGCGUCACUCGGAGUCCAUCGGAGCACGGGCAAGCUGCUCUCCGUCCUGGCUAGCAUCUUCACCGAGCUGGCUCAGAAGGGGUUCUGCUUGCCCCCGGAGCUGGUGGAUGGUAGUGAUGGAGAUGGAGCCAGUGAGUUUCAUGACUACCAGAGUGGUGGAAUUGGAGAAGGAGAAGGAGCCAAAGAUGUCAGCGACAAGAUAGAGAAUGAAGAUCAGGUGGAGGACACGCAUCAUGAGGGACAGGAGAAGGAGGAGCAGCAGGAUGGAGAAAACAUCAAGUCAGAGGACAAUGCCAUAGAAAUGUCUGAAGACUUCGACGGCCAGAUGCACGAUGGAGAUGAAGCAGGUGAAAAUGAGGAGGAGUCUGACAAAGAGGAAGAGGAGGAGCUUGACAAGAAGAUGGGAGACCUGGGAGACGGUCAGACAGACACUCUGGAUGAACGACUGUGGGGAGACGAUGAGGAUGAUGGAGGAGGAAGUGGUGAGGAGGAGGAGGAGUCUGGUCAGGGGAUGGAUCAGGGGGAAUCCCAGCUAGCCGCUAAAGAUGACCAGCUACACCAGGGCGAGUCCAACGAGGACAAGAACAACCAAGACAAAGAUGAAGACAUGUGUGAGGAGGAGGAGGAGGAGAAGAUCCACGAACAAGGAGACAAGAGGGAGUUCGAUGAGAACGAGGUGGAUCCGUAUCACGGUGAACAGGACAAGAGACCAGAACCUGAAGCUAUGGAACUGCCCCAGGACCUCAACCUGGACCAGGAUGAAGAGGCUGGAGAUGAUGAAGAGGAUGAAGUUGAUGGAGAGAAUUCCUCAGAGGCUGAUGAUAAAUCCAUGAAUCCGGACAUGAUGGAGAAAGAGCAGAAGGAGGGGGAGGGGGAGGAGGAGAGAGGAGAGGGCGAGCAGAGAGAAGAGGACAUGGAGGAGAACCAGGCUCAAGAAGAAAACAAUCAGGAAUAUAACAUGGAGGAGGAGUCUGUUGAUAAAGAAGAUGAAGAAAAGGAGAAGGAAGAGGAGAGAGAAGGAGAGAGAGGAAAAGAGGAGGAUGUCAGUGUCCCUAAUUACAAAGGAGAGGAACCACAGGAGGAGGCUGAGGGGGAGGAGAGGGAGGAAGAGGAGGAGCCUAAUUCAGCUGAGAGGAAGGACCACAGCAGGAAUGCUCAGGUCGGUGACGAGAACGUUCAGUCAGACUCCGCUGUGGAGCUGGCGGGGGAGCCGUCAGAGAAAGAUCAGGCUAAAGAGGAAUAUGGCAGCGGAGCAGCAGAUGCUAGCCAAUCAGAGGGACAUCAGUCAAAGCUGACGGCCAGGAUGGCGUCUCAGACCCAGACCAAGAGCAAGACUCAGAGUAUGAAACGAAAACCUGGCCGAGCCGAUAAUGAGAGAUUGAUGGGAGACCAUAGCAAACAAGUCAACAAGCGUCUCCGGAUGGUGGACAGCGGCAAGGAGCCCACCGAGGACAAGCAGGGUGAAGGCCAGCAGGACUCGGACCUGUAUGAGUACAUCAAAGAGGGAUCAGCGAGCUACGACACGCAGACCUACGAUGUUGCCACAGCUGAGCAGCAGCAAGCUGCAGGACCUGAGCAGGGCCAAAACGAGGAUGACGAGGAUGCAGCAAUGGAGACGGAGGACCAGGAGGAGGACUUCCAGCCUGCUGAUGUCCAGGAGCUGAAGCCUGAUCAGCUGGGCACCUCCUCCAAGGCCUCGCGACAAGAUGGUGGAGAAACACCGGAGCAAAGGAGGGGAGAAGAGGACAAGGACACAUCCAGAGACCCACGUCUAAAGGAUGAAGAAGAACCAGUGGAGAGGAGAACAGGAUCCACGAUUCACACCCAUCCAGCUUUGCUGCUGGAGACCAUGCAGAAAGCAGACUCAAACCCAGAAGAGAUGAGGAAGGAGAUGGAGCUCCAGCUGGAGGCCUGGAACCACCUGCCUCCAGGAACCCAGGAGGAGGAGAGCGCAGCAGCUUCUCUGUGGCACCAGUACCAGGCUCUGACCUCCACUCUGUCCCAGCAGCUGUGUGAGCAGAUCCGUCUGGUCCUGGAGCCCACACAGGCCACCAAGCUCAAAGGGGAUUACCGCACAGGGAAGCGUCUGAACAUGAGGAAGGUGAUUCCUUACAUCGCCAGUAACUUCCACAAGGACAAGAUCUGGCUGAGGAGGACCAAGCCCAGCAAGAGAGAGUACCAGAUCUGUCUGGCUGUAGACGACUCGUCCAGCAUGAUGGACAAUCACUCCAAACAGCUGGCGUUUGAGUCCCUGUCUGUGAUCAUCAAUGCCCUGACUCUGUUGGAGGUUGGACAGGUGGCCGUGUGCAGCUUCGGAGAGCAGGUGCAGCUGCUGCACCCCCUCCAGCAGCAGUUCAGCGAUGAGUCGGGGGCUCGGAUCCUCAGACUGUGUCAGUUCCAGCAAAAAAAGACCAGGAUCGCCCAGUUCUUAGAGACGUCUACAAAAAUGUUUCUGUCAGCUCGUCAGCAAAGCCCAGGAUCCGUCAGCUCAGAGGCGGCCCAGCUCCUGUUCAUCGUGUCUGAUGGGAGAGGACUGUUCCUGGAGGGACAGGAGAGGGUGGGCGCAGCUGUGCAGGCGGCGCGCACGGCAAACAUCUUUGUGAUCUUCGUUGUCCUGGACAACCCAAACUCCCGGGACUCCAUUUUGGACAUCAAGGUUCCCAUAUUCAGAGAACCGGGACAGCUCCCAGAGAUCCGCUCCUACAUGGACGAGUUCCCCUUUCCAUUUUACAUCAUCCUGAGAGACGUCAGCGCCCUGCCGGAGACGCUGAGCGACGCUCUCAGACAAUGGUUCGAACUUGUCACCACCGCUGACCAAUGAGAAGCUGUCCCUCAAUGGUUGGGACGGGACACAUGAGCUCUGCUGUUCUGGUCAGAUCUGAGGUUUAAACGUGGCACAACUAUAACCUGAUGUUUUAGUCAGAGUUCUGUGCUGGAUGGAGACGAGCUCAGAACCCAGAAGAAGGUUCUGAUCCAGUUCUGUCUGGAUUUGUCACUGUGAACAACACCCAGUCCAGACUGUGAUGUCACAGAUGUGCUGAGUUUCUAUAAUACCUUGAAGUAUUGUGUUCAUAAAAUAAACUGUUCUUCUGAUCUAAA